AUGUACUGCACCGCAGGAUUGCACCUGACAGACUUUGACGUGGUGAUGGAUGCGGACAGGUUUCGUUUGACACAAGCUGCAUCAGAUGCCACCAGCACACCCAACUCUCUGACCAACCUCGAGACUCGAAACUACUCGGGUGCGUACGCAUACGCCAGCGCAACCGAGUAUAAUACCGGAACGGUCUAUACUCCGAACCAUUGUCACAUGGGUGUCCAAGUUGAUGUUGUGAUCUGUUCAGGAGAUCAUGGAGAGAUAUUUCCUGCUAUUCCUUGUGGUCCCAUCCCAUCAGUCUGGAAGGAACACUCAGUCAUGAGUCUGCCAGUUGAUUACUUGCGCAACCCCUGCAUGUUAUUACUGUUUCGUUUGACACAAGCUGCAUCAGAUGCCACCAGCACACCCAACUCUCUGACCAACCUCGAGGUGGACCAUCACGGCUGA